AUGGCAUCACCCACCAUGUCUAGUGAUUCUUUUAUGCUCUCAACUCAUCGUGAAUUAACCUUUAUUGGCGACGAUGAUUUCUACAAAAAAGACACGGAAGUCUACCAAGUGGAACAAAUCGUUGGUUUUGGAGUCAUUGCGCUCGCUUUUUUCGUCACCUGCUACUUGACCAAUCGCCUUUCAAGAGAGACGCGAGAAUUAUACGAAUGGAAUGCUAUUCGACUAAUUCUGCCAGCAGCCAUGUUUUUCAUGGGCUUGGAAUCAAUGACUCUGGCAAUGGACUAUGCGCACAUUAACAUUUGGCGGCAGUGGGCCGUCGCCAUUUACAUGUUUGAAAGCAUGUGUGCGCCAGGAAUAUUCAUGGCAACCUUUGUGGCUACCUUUUUGUCCUAUCGAACACGCUCCAUACCCUUUUGUAUGGUGUACCGAGGGCCAGGGCGAUCAACCAAUUCCAGGUCCACCACACCAGAUGAUGAAGAUCGACAGACAUUGAUUCGACCAGCAACCAUGGUGGUCAUGAUGAGAGUCUUUACAGUGGCAAUUCUCAUGUUGAGUUUUGGGGUCAACUUUGACGUAGUUUGGGAUAAACCAGAUUUGGCUGGCCGUACGGGAUGGAUGACCAUUCUUACAGAACCGUGGCAAGAAGAUUCCUCAGCGCAUGUCGUCUACAGUCUUCUUCCAAUGGGAAUGACAUCCUUGAGUUGUCUCUACUUUUCCGCGCUUCUGUGGAGGUAUGGAAGUGAAUUUUCCAUGAUUGUGUACCCAUCCAGCAUAAAUCCAUGGAUUUACACUUUGGUUGGAUCAAUAAUUAUGUUCAUUGGACAAUUUCCAGGUCCAGAUUGGUUUCCACUGGCAUCCAAUGCGGGAAUCUUGGUAUAUUUGGUGACCAUGUUGCGCCUACUACAUGAAGUACGAAAGGACAUAUUACAAGCAGGAGAUCUAGGGGAGUUUCUACAUGCCCUGGGAUCAGAGAAUGCAUCUAACAUGGUCUCGGAGCCAGCCUCAACCAACAAGGAAGAUCCAGAGUCUCCAUCAACCCCGUACCAGAUAACGUGA